AUGACGCUAGACUACCACCCUUUGGUCUCCGUCAUCGUUGGAUCAUUCUUGUCUGAUCACCACCAUCAAAGCUACCAGACAACCAUCGUCUGGUCACAUCCAUCGUUAGAAAAUCACCACUCAAAUACCAUCAUCGUCUUCGUCAAAUCACCGCCAGAACACUGUUGCCUGAAAAUCACAGCCAGACUACCAUCAUCUGUUCGUCACCGCCAUCAAACGUUUAGUGCUAUCUUUUUCAGGUUGAAGCCAUUACUCCCUCCUUUUGAUUCUGCUGAAACACGGUCAUUAGCGGAGGCUUUGUGCAGAGAUAUUAUUCGUGAAAAUCUUGACGUUAAGUGGGAAACCAUUAAGGGAUUGGAGAAUGCGAAACGCCUUGUUAAAGAAGCGGUUGUCAUGCCCAUUAAGUAUCCGAAGUACUUCAAGGGGCUUCUUUCUCCUUGGAAGGGAAUUUUACUGUUUGGUCCACCUGGAACAGGGAAGACUAUGCUUGCAAAAGCUGUCGCAACUGAGUGCAAGACAACAUUUUUCAAUAUUUCAGCUUCCUCAAUUGUUAGCAAAUGGCGAGGCGACUCAGAAAAGUUGGUACGCGUUUUGUUCGAGCUCGCCAGGCAUCAUGCGCCAUCUACUAUUUUUCUCGAUGAGAUUGAUGCCAUCAUUAGUCAACGUGGUGAAGCACAUAGCGAGCAUGAAGCCAGUCGUCGUUUAAAAACUGAGCUUCUUUUACAGAUGGAUGGUUUGACAAAGACAGAUGAACUUGUUUUUGUUUUAGCUGCAACAAACCUUCCUUGGGAACUUGAUGCAGCCAUGCUCAGACGCCUUGAUAAGAGGAUUCUUGUGCCUCUUCCUGAACCAGAAGCCAGGCAAGCCAUGUUUGAGGAGCUUCUGACUUCUUCUGGGGAUUCUGAAAUGCCUUAUGAUUAUCUGGUGGAGAAAACAGACGGCUAUUCAGGAUCUGAUAUUCGUUUAGUGUGCAAAGAAGCAGCCAUGCAGCCACUAAGGAGAUUGAUGGCAUAUUUGGAAAGCCGACCGGACAAAGUGCCGGAGGAAGAGUUGCCUGCCGUUGGUGCCAUCACACCUGAAGAUAUUGAGGUGGCUCUGAGAAACACAAGACCAUCAGCUCAUCUCCAUGCUCAUCGGUAUGAGAAAUUUAAUCACGAUUAUGGCAGCCACAUUUUUAAUUAAUCUUUAUUAUUAUUUUGUAGAUUAUUAUUGUUGUGUUCUACUUAACCUGCUCAAUGCAUCAAAAGUUUCGCAUACUUCGUUUAUAUUCUUUAUUCAUUUAUUUUCCCAUAUUUUGUGACAUGAAGCUCUUAAUUAUAUUGCUAUGGAUAUUUGAUUUA